CUGCAGUAGACCCGGCCAUGGCUCUGUAGCCCCGACCCCUUUGUGCCCCCGGCCCGUCUCCGCGCUCACCACGCCUGCGUUCUCCGCUGCCACCUUCUUUCUUCAGCGGAGGCCGCCGCCGCCUCUCCUUGCUGCAGCCAUGGAGUCUUCCACUUUCGCCUUGGUGCCUGUCUUCGCCCACCUGAGCAUCCUCCAGAGCCUCAUCCCAGCUGCUGGUGCAGCCUCUCCUGUUGCCAUCAGUGCCCAGCACCUGUGCUACAACCAUGUCACUCCUGGCGACCCUGGGGCUGGAGCUGGACAGGGCCCUGCUCCCAGCUAGCGGGCUGGGAUGGCUCGUAGACUAUGGGAAACUCCCCCCGGCCCCUGCCCCCCUGGCUCCCUAUGAGGUCCUUGGGGGAGCCCUGGAGGGCGGGCUUCCAGUGGGGGGAGAGCCCCUGGCAGGUGAUGGCUUCUCUGACUGGAUGACUGAGCGAGUUGAUUUCACAGCUCUCCUCCCUCUGGAGCCCCCCUUACCCCCAGGCACCCUCCCCCAACCUUCCCCAACCCCACCUGACCUGGAAGCUAUGGCCUCCCUCCUCAAGAAGGAGCUGGAACAGAUGGAAGACUUCUUCCUAGAUGCCCCGCUCCUCCCACCACCCUCCCCGCCGCCACCACCACCACUCCCACCAGCCCCCUCCCUCCCCCUACCCCUCCCCUCCUUUGACCUCCCCCAGCCCCCUGUCUUGGAUACUCUGGACUUGCUGGCCAUCUACUGCCACAACGAGGCCAGGCAGGGGGAGGUGGGGAUGCCGCCUCUGCCCCCGCCACAGCAGCCCCCUCCUCCUUCUCCACCUCAACCUUCUCGCCUGGCCCCCGACCCACAUCCUGCCACCACCCGAGGGGACCGCAAGCAAAAGAAGAGAGACCAGAACAAGUCGGCGGCUCUGAGGUACCGCCAGCGGAAGCGGGCAGAGGGUGAGGCCCUGGAGGGCGAGUGCCAGGGGCUGGAGGCACGGAAUCGCGAGCUGAGGGAACGGGCAGAGUCUGUGGAGCGCGAGAUCCAGUACGUCAAGGACCUGCUCAUCGAGGUGUACAAGGCCCGGAGCCAGAGGACCCGUAGCUGCUAGAAGGGCAGGAGUGUGGCUUCUGGGGGCUGGUCCUCAGCUCUGGCCCCAUCAUCCCCCUGCCUCCACCUUCAUUCCAAACCCCUCUCGGCCGGGCGCAGUGGCUUAUGCUUGUAAUCCCAGCACUUUGGGAGGCCAAGGCAGGAGGAUCGUUUGAGGCCAGGAGGUCAAUACCAGCCUGGGCAACAUAGUAAGACCCUGUCUCUAUUAAAAGAAAAAAAUCAACCCUUCUUCCCCACAAAACCACCCAACUCCUCUCUACUUUUAUCCUUUCAUCCUCUCUCUGCUUUUAUCACCUCUCUUGCGUAUUUCUGGAUCUUCUUCCCUCUUCUCUCGUCCAAAUCAUGAAAUGUUUGGCCUUAGUCAAUGUCCAUGCCGAGGCACUGAGGCCCACAGGGAAGCAGCUGGGAGCUUGGAAACCUGGUCUCUUGAAUUUCAAACCUGGUUUCUUGCAGGUGGUUGUCGGGUGGGUGGAGUGGCGACAGGACAGAGUUGAAGGACUAUGCAAACGAGGAAGUAAGUCAGGGCGGGCUUUGAGAAGGGUACCCAUAUCCUACAGGCAAAAAGCAGGCUAGGCGACCUUGGGGACACUACGCUAAGGGAGGGAGCCUAAAGGCAGCCGGGUUUGCAGUGCGGGAAGAUGAGCAGGCCAGUGGGAGGGGGGCAGGGCAGGGCUGUAGUUGGUGACUGGGUGUUCAUUUUAGCUCUGAGAAAAAAAUCAGUGUUUUGUGAAUGUGUUGGAGAGGGGCUGUGUCUGGGUGAGGGAUGGUGGGGUACUGAUUUUUUGGGGAGGUUAUGAGCAAAAAUAAAACAUUUCCUCUGGCCUGUG